AUGGGGCUCGGAGGCUGCAUUCUACAGGCCGAGUACAAGCCCAUCAAGAAGGCAGCCAUGGCCUUCUUUUUCGCGGUCACCACGCCGUUUGGGAUUGGGCUGGGCAUGAUACUGUCCACCACAUACAAGGAGAACAGCCCGCGGGCCUUAAUCACGGUGGGCUUGCUCAACGCUUCAUCUGCUGGGCUUUUGAUUUACAUGGCCUUAGUGGACCUGCUGGCGGCGGACUUUAUGGGCCCGAAGCUGCAGGGGAGCGUGAGGCUGCAGGUCAAGUCGUUUGCGGCCGUGCUGUUAGGGGCCGGGGGAAUGUCACUAAUGGCCAAGUGGGCUUGA